GUCUGUAUGUAGUUCCGGUUUGUAAAAAUAUUCUUUCGAAUAAACAAGUUCCGAUACUGGAUUCUUGAAUGAGAUGCAUUUUGAAGAUAGGACUUUAAAAAAUGAAAAUAAAGUAGGUUUGUGAAUAAUCUUUUCGAGAACCUUGCAUGUGCUUCCAGUUACGGAAAACAAGUCAUAAUCAUGGAAAUAUUAGGGAGCACUUUUGACGAUUCUGUUUUUGAAGAAUCCAGAAAUAAGAUCUCCAUUCCUCUUCCAUGUUAUAACGCAAAAGUAUGUGAACCAGAGUGGUUUUGUGAAAGCCUUCCCGCAGAAGAUGAGUUGGAGAAACAGAAAGCCUUCAAAUUCCGGGCAGAACUGGCUUACAAUCGAAAAGACUAUCAGACAGCGCUGAGAGAUUAUUCCAGCUGCCUCCUCUUGGUCCCAGAGGGCAACCUCACCAUCAGACGCGACGUUUUAGAGGGCCAGGCGCGAUGCUGUUGCUACCUUGGCAAACGGGAGCAAGCAUUGGAGAUCAUCCACAAACUGAGGAAAGAAGCAACCAACACUUGCCACCUGACCUGUGUUUUAAACCUGGAGCUGGCCGUCUGUCACCACUUCGGGGAACUAAGGGAGGAGGUCUCUGUACUGCAGCACCUUAUUUCCCUCCAUCCCUACAAUCCAUGGGAGUGGAAGAAGCUGGCAGAGGCAUAUCUCAGACUCCUGCAGUCCCUCUUCGCUGUCUCCAGCUCUGGCAAGCAUGCAUCAAACCUUCCAGAGGGGAACCAUCAAAACUCACAGACUGGUCCGAGGGAAUAUACAGAGGAAAGGGCACGCUGUGAUGGCCCGGGCUGCACACAGAGGAACAAUGCUGGUGCCCAUUGUGUAGCACACCAGAUCAGCACAAGAACUCAGGAUCAACAUGAGGAAGAGUGUGAAAGUGUGUGGCUGAAGACAUGCAUGUGCUUCAUUAGAACCAGACUCCUCCUGAGGAUGCUUCGGUUCCAGCAGUCAUCCUUCGUGCUAAAGAGCAGCGAGAGGGCCGUGCUAGAGGCUGAAGAGGCACUGCGGUGGUUGGAACCACAGGAGAACACACUGCAGCUCAUCACUGAGGUCAUGGGGAAGGAUCUGGUUGCAGAGAAGAUGAGAGAGGAGAACCAGGACGGCGAGAGUUUGGCUGGUCUGUGCAUCUCAGACUUUGAGGAGAAGUGGUACAAUACAGUAAAACAGGCAGUCCUGCUGAUGGAUGACUCAUUGAGUAUAACAGCUCAUCUAAAGACGCUAAAGGUGACAGCGCCCCUAGUGGAGUAACAGAGUCUGCAUGCUUCCCCAGUGAAGACUGGUGUAAUUCUAGUCUCAACCCAAGAGUUCCUGUAAAACACCUGGAAGUGUGAGUUUGUGAUAUGUUUCUUGGACUCUAGUUAAUUCUACCAUGUUUUUGCCCAAGUUUUGUUGCUGGUGAGAGGUUGAGUGGGUCUGAAUCACUGUCUCCAAUUGGAGGCCCACCUAUGAAAAAUAAUGGGCCGGUUUCAUGGACACAGAUUAAGAUUAGUCUUGAUCUGUGUCUGCAAAACAGGAGUUGCUGAUGAAAGCACAUUCCUAGAAUUUGGGCAGACUGAUUUCAAAUCACUUAACGGCUUAAUUGAACCGGUUAUACACCUGAAGCAAGUGGGAUUCCUGACUGAUUACAGCUCCCCGACAAGUGCUAUUUUUUUUGUGAAAUUAUUUUACUUUACUACAUCUUGUACUGUACCUGGAAAAUGUUACAAAAUAAAUAAAAUGUUAGAAAUCUGUUUAGAAA